CUCACACCGGUCUACAGAGGACACAGUUCACCUGUGUAAGCUGCCAGUGUGACAAUGAAGAUCACUGUGAUUUUCCCGUUGCUGCUGCUGGUCUGCUCUGGCUCCACAGAUCAGAAUAAGCAGAUUGCAAAGCAACAGCCUUUUCCACAAGACAUCAAUGCUGUGCUGAGAGAGAUGGCCGUUACUUUGACUCAACAGAAGUUUGAGAUGAGAUUGCUGCAAAGAGAGAAUAAAGAGCAUGCAGCAAAGCUGGAGCGACAGGAGACUGAGUUGAAGAAGCAGGAGACUGAGUUAAAGAAGCAGGAGACUGAGUUGAAGAAGCAGGAGACUGAGGUUGACAAGCUGAAGCAACAGCUGAAAGUUGGGCAGGUGGCUUUCUCAGCCUCUCUGUUGGAUACAGGCCACGGAGAUGUCGGACCCUUUCCCACAUACACUACUCUGACCUUCAAACAUGUCCCCACAAACAUUGGAAAGGCCUACAACCCACACACAGGUAUUUUCACUGCACCAGUGAGAGGAGCCUACCACUUCGAGUGGUACAUAGGAACACAUGGAGGUGCUCAACCUUCAGGAGCUGUGUUGGUCAAGAACUCAGAACACAUUUUUAUUGCAUGGGAACAUCAACCAUCCCAUUAUGGGUCUUCUGCUAAUGGGGUUACACUGCUGCUAGAGGUUGGAGAUGUUGUGUUUCUGCGUCUGUGGGUUAAUACAAAGGUGUUUGAUAAUAGUAAUCACCAUACCACCUUCAGUGGUCAUCUGCUUUUCACCAUGUAAGACAGAAACUCUUCCUCUUUUCCUUUAAACUCUGAUAAUCAUGCAGGUUUUUGCUGUCUUGAACAAUUCUUGUACUGAAUUGAUCUUAAAUGUCAUCUGAUAAUCUUGAAUCACUGUAGUAAUGUAUAGUGAACUUUCUUUGCAGUGCAACAACAAUUUGUAAUAAUUUAAAUGUUGAGACAUUUUUCAUCUGGGUCUGGAUCUGCAGUCAAAUAUACUCAAGAGAAAUAAUCUAAUAUACAGGUGAUUGUUUUUUCUGAUGCUCUUGUCAUUAAUAAAAUAAUAAACAUAUAUACAACUAA